AUGGCCCAGCGCCCGGCCCUCCGUGCCGCUCGCGGUGGAGUGCUGCUAACGCUUGGCUCGGGUCUGGGNNAGGACUGCAUCUUCGCACUGGCUUUCGGAUUUUCUCGCUGCCUGCUCUUCGACAUCCUGUGCGAGUCCAUGGUGGCGGCAUGGUGGACAGUACGGGAGCGCCACGGCUACGCUGAGCGCAUGGAGUACCGAUGUGCGGAUGUCAAGCAUCUUGAAAGCUUUGGCGACGCAUCUCUUGUUCGAAUACCACAGGGGCCGGCCUGUGAUCUGGACUGCCGCCGCUCCUUGCACCGGAGGCUUUCCCUCGAGAUGGCACCCGGUGCUCUCUUGGCCUCAGCAUCGCUCCCGCUGGCCGAUGGGCUGCAGGUCGUGGACAAGUUCGUUGUCAAGCACCAGUACGAAGAGCACCUUGUCUCUGAGUUCACCCGGGCCGCGGCAGAAAGGCUGCGAGGCGAGUGCUUCGCGCUGGCAUCGCCGGAGUAUUUCCUUGCCAUAGAAUCGGAAGAUUUUGCCUGCACGGGCCCAUCCGAGAGUCUUGCGGAUGGCGCGGUGCUGCUGGCACCCCUGGAGGAUGUCAUGGUCGGAGCAGCUCGCCUGCACUACGUGGCGCCGAGCAGAUAUGUCCUAAGAGCCAUGCCUAGCCUUGCGAAUUUGGCGAACAAGGAGCUCCGGUUUGCGCUGCUCGCACUUUUCCCCUCUGCAGAUUUGAAGUUGGUGAGCGAGGCUGCACGCUGCGGCGACUUAGACGUGGCUAGUGACUUCAUCAGAAAUGCCCUCUCCGAGUGUGCCACUGCCACAGCUGCAGCCGCGACGGUCAGCGACCCGCCUUCGGACCCUCUGCCCGUCGAGGUGCCUGAAAAAAGCGCGAUCGGGGAUGCGAAGGAAGAGGCCGAGCCGGCUUCUCCCCCCCUCGCCGAGCCACCACCUGUCAGGCAUUUCCCCAAAGAGGCCAUCGAGGCAGCGACUCACGAGGUCGUGAAAGCAAAAGCUACCCGAUCUGGCUACGAUCCAGCUAGGCCGGCGCAGGGGUCACUGACUGCUGAUGGCUGGGAGAUAAAAUGCCAUGUCAAUCUCCACAAGACCUGCCAAUCGCUCCGGACAUUGGAGUAUCCGACAGAGAAGCGGAGCACUGCCGCUGAGACUAUCUUGCGCAAUGUGGGCACCGACAACACGGCCGCCUUUGCUGCCGUAUGCUUCGAGCGGAUGAUGCAGCGAGAACAGGAGAUGGAUGAUGAUUUCUGCGUAUUCUACCAUCACUACAACAGCGCUUCCCUCCUGUACGAAGUCCAGGCAGAGAUCGCAAGGCAUGCCUUCCGGCUGCCAGACACCUUCGCCCCCCUCCCCCGUAUCUUCUCGGGACACUUCAAGGGAGCGACCAUCAGCAAGCUAAAGGCGGCUUUUGAGACACAAAAUGCUCUGAGUGGCCAGGAUCACGACCCCUGGUUUCGCUCCCUGGCCAUUUCGGCCUCUCCCACGCUCUUUGCCUUCGGCUCGGAGGCGCCGCCCCUGAGCUGCUUCCGACAAGGCUACGGUUGCACCGACCUUUCCUUUCAGGGCCUGCUAACGAAGAUGCUGGAGGACGCCCUGGCAGUGACAAGUCGCACGGCUGCAGAUCUUUGUGCCAAGUUGGCCGAGGUGGGCGCGAGCUUCGGUUUGCAAGUGCAGGGCUAUGGCCACAAGGGCAACAGCAGCAUCAAGCGCUUGGGGGGCCAGAUGCUGCAGAUCUUCAUCCACAAGGAUCACGUGGCUGAGCACGUCUACCAUUGCCUGGCAUUCGGUGUGCCCAUUGCCACCGAUGUCCGGCCGUGGCUGGCAGACCCGGAGAGGGCGAAGAAGCCCCUGGACGGACAGGUGCGGAUCCUCUUCGAUCCGGAGCUCUUCGUAGACGGCCGUGGACAGCCCUGCCGUGGCCAACUCUUUCACUACUGCGGG